GACCGUUAUAAUUAUGAAAGCUUUCUUCCUGAAUCCCAAUACUCGAUCAGAAGAUUGAGAAACUUAUCACCUGGAGGAGAGCAUCUACAUUUUUCUUCUCCAUACCUGAAUCGCUGGGGGUUGGAACAGUGGCAAACUUGAGAUCACAUUCUUUAAAACUCUCGGAUGCCGCGGCUGCCUCCGCCCUACCCCUUCAAUGAGCCGAACCGAAACAUCAAACAUUUAGAAGAACAGAACAUUCUCAACGAUACGAUGACGAAACUGACUAAUCUUUACAAAUCCGCUUUCUUCUAUUCUUCGCAACUUUAAAUCGGAUUAGAAUCAGAUUAUUUUGAAACGGAGCAUCUUUGGAGGAAAACCAUGCAACGGGUGAAAGAAAUAUCAUCAAAACGCAAAAUGUUCCAGCUCGAUUUUAUGUCCAAAUGAAACAAAUAGUUCACAACGGAAGCUAAUUAGCGUCUUGGAAAAUACCUCUUGAGGAUUUUUACCCGACGGGUUACAUGCAGACUCUUUUCAAAUAAUGUGGACAGAAAAGAUUGCUGAAGAUUUUCACUAGGGGUCACUCGGGUACCUUUCUCUCCACCUCAGUAACUUUUCUAUUGAAUAAGGGUGGAACUGAGGCGUAAACAAGGGAUUAUUUUCAGCAUUUACCAUUAGGAAAAAACUAUUCCGCCGGUGAUUUUCUCAAGAAGGCGAUUUAGGACAAUAAAGUGAUCUAAGGCUUACUGCCCAUCCCUCUGUGCCUGGUAUUGGGUGAGUGAUGAUAUAGAAAGAAAAGGGACAAUGGGUUUGGACAAACCAGUAUCUCGUGUGAGUCGUAGCGAGGGAGGCAGCAGACCAAGAGGUUCUACCAAACACUCGAAAAACUUGGGUGAUAUACGAGUGACGAGUCAGAAACAAGCUCUCCAGCAUACUGUAAGAGCCAAGAAACUCGACGAGAGACAGCUUUUCAAGUUUCUGAAAUCUCUGGAUACUAGCAAAAGUAAAAGACUCUUUCAAAUCGACAAAGAAGUUGCGGAAAUAGAGAAGCUCUUAAAACGUUUGAAUUCAGAGCAGGAAGACGCAAUUCGACAACGAGAGGGCUCUGGUGAGGAAAUAGAGCAGAAUGACGAUGACACUGAUAACCUGGUAACGAGAAGCGCCGGCGCCGCCACUGGACGCCACAAACGUUCGCAUAAGAAGCAUUCGACGCAUAAGAUGUCGAAGGAAUUUGACGAGUACGCGUUUAGAGCUCGUAAGAAGAAAAGUAGUGUUGACAAACUUGACAAGGACAAGGCGGACAAGGUGCUCAAUUCUUAUUACAGAUUUGAUUCCGAAGGUAACCGCAGGGUAUUUUCACCUUUGAUAUCCAGUCCGUCUAAGACACCUAAACCACAGGAUCGUGUUGCAUGGGAUGCUGGUUUGCUCCUAGAUGAUAUUUCUCUGUCCAACUACACGGUAGUAACAGGGACAGAAAGUCGAAUCGAUAGUGCCACGACUAAAAGUUUGAUUUCUUCUGUUGGUGACGAUGUUGGUGACGAGUCAAGGGCAGAUACGAUAACACCCGGACGGGCUAUUUUUAUGACAUCGGGUAAAUCUUCAUCGCAGGGUGCACGAAAAUCAACUAAAUCUCAUCUCCAACAACGAUCCAUACCGAAAGGAUACAAGCCUUUGGACUCAAAAAUUCCCCAAGGGGUAGUAGACCAAUCAUCAUCACCCAGCUCUAAAUCACAGAAACCAGGGAAGACAAAGAAAGUUGAUAAACAGGAAAAAUUGAAGAAGUUCUUGAGGCAAACUAGCAAUAAAUCCGAGAUGAGCGAAGCAUCCGAUGUGACAUCAAAAACUCCGCUCGUCAAGGUAACAAGUCACAGCGACGAAGAAGACAUUCCACUAACUUUCAAGCGGUCAAAACUCAAAUUGAAGCGACGACCCCAACCUCAGGCUCACGAAUCGAAACCCGGUGAAGAGCCAUCGGACUUAGCGACGACUGCGGAAUUUUCCGAUGACGAACUCCAGCGCGCGUCCACUGUCGAGGCGUGUACGGGAAAAUCUUGCCAGGUGACUGAGUGUAUAUUUCAUCGGGCACUCCAUCUCCGUAGACAAUCGUCUACGAUUCACGACGAUGCCGCUACGAUCGAUGAAUAUUACCGUGUAGCGAGUGCGACGAGAUCGCGAGCCACCCACCAACCAUCGAUAUCGCCUGCCUUCCGGACAGCCGAUGAUGGGUCUUGGAGUCAAACACGAAGAUUACCAGUUUCGGCACCAAGUCCUACACCAUCUGAAAUUCUUGCCGAUGUCGUGACGGAGAAGGAAGUCGUCGAGGAUAAGCCAGACUACACUGAUCUUGAAGUCAUGCUCUCUGUCCGUCGACCAACAAAGGGUUCCAAUCGAGAUCGAAUGCUGAAGGACAAAGAGGAUAAUAUCAAAAAUACUUUCAAAGUCAUGAGACAGAAAAUGGCAGCUAGCGUGCCACCAGACUUCAACACCAACUAUGGGACACCAACGCCGAACUGGAAAAUACUCGACCCUCUUAAAAUGAGACAUAAAAUUGUACAUAAGUCGCCACUCUUCACACUAUGGAAAUUGAAUUAAGGUAUUAUUUCAAAACUUAUCUUUAAUAAUUAUUAGAAAAUAAAAUAUGGUAUUGAUGUAAUUCUUUCACCGUGACGUAGAGUAUAAAGAGGUCAAAUAAUGUCUAAUUUGUCCCUCUUCAAACUGUACGUACAUGUUCAUGCCAUUCCAUAUCACUUAAUAACAUGCUUAAGAAUAGUAUAUGAUUCACUGAAAUAUCAUAAAAAAGAAAGUGUAAAUUAUAUUUUCCGAUAUUAGCAAUAUAUUUGUACAGUGUAUGUGUAACUGAUUGAUAUUUUCACAGAUUGACUGAGAUGUACUCUGGAUCUGACAUGUUAGGACUAUAUUUUUCAUUAAAAGAGUAACUUUAAUAGCAUGAUGCUAUGAUAGCAUGAUGCUAUGAUGAUUUCCCUAAGAAAUGUUCUCGCAAAGAAAAUACACCUGAAUAUGGACAUUUGUUAAACAGUCUAUGUAGACACUAAAAGUCAGUAUUCACUAAAUCAUUAGCUUUGCUUGAAAUAUUCCAAUAUGUAUGUUCAAAAAAGAAUUGACAGAUUUUUACACGAUUCUGAAUCAGUUACUAUCUCUAUUUUUUAAAAUUAUUUAUAAAAAAAAAUCUUUCACGUUACGAAGUGUAUAUAUUUCACAGAGUAGUUCACCCUCAUUUUGACAUUAUCAAGUGGAAAGUAUAGCAAAAGGUCAUGGAAACGAGCCGGUGAAAGUUUGAUAAAAUUGUAUUUUUUUUCAAAUUUUGAAGAUCAACUAAUCACCGAUGGCAACUUUUCUUUGUGAAAUUCUCGAGAAAAAUAUUCCAAGUAUUCAAAUGUCUGAAUCUUAAAGAAUGGGUGUAAUCUUUUCUCAUAAUAAGGAUUGGAUAUUGUUGGAUCAUGUUUGAUUAACUACAGCUCGCUAAGGAUCAUAGAUUUCUCAGUUAAAGAUCUACAAAUAGUCAAAAUCAUAUUAUUUAUCGGAUGAAGAAAACAAAAAAAUCACCGACACGUUUCACACUUUCAACCUUCUCAUAUUGUUUGCUUUCAUCAAAAUGAAAUCGAUUCGAUUUCAAGUAUAUUUUCCACAUUUCAUUGAAAAUGUAUCACAAAUAAAAGCAAAACAGGGUGAACUUUCUAUCAAAUCAAGAGAGCAGUCUCUUAAUAACAAGAGAAGAUACACACCUGAUUGAUGUGCAAUAUUUUAUGUUUAUUUUUUAUCCUUUUUUUUAUUCCGCAAGCAGCCGGGCGAUUAAAUUAUACAGCGAUCCGAAAUUAUUAACAAAAAGUGAAUGAAUUUAAUGUAAAUUCUGAGGUUCUAAACUGCAACAUAGUCAUUAAAAGUAGAAAUUGUGAAACACUUAAUUCCAGUCGGAGCCAUGUCUAAAUUAGGACAUCUGUAGUUCUACGGCUGUUCCCCGAUAUGUAUUUUUUUUUCUUUCUAUAACUGGAAACUUAUUAACACGCCCAGUAAUUUGUAUUACAUGAAUAUUUCAUUUGGUGCAAUAUGAAGACCAUAUAGUUUUUAUCAGUAUUAUCCACUACUAAGGACAUUGUAUUCUUAACACUUUUAGAAUACUAUAUUUUAAGUAUUUAAAGGUAGCAUGAUUUGCAAUAUGGUUGAGAAGGUUUAAGAGUAAUAUGUAAAUAAUGGUACAAAUCAUGAAAUAACGUGGAAACCUGCAACUUAAACAAAAUAUCAUGAAGCUCAAAGGGAACACAAGUAGAGACAAUUUCAUCGACAUAAUUGUGAUGAGAAAAGGUGAUUCAUUGGAUAAUUCUGUUCACCGACUCCCAUGACAUGAUGCAGUUUUUUGUCUUGUCCAUAAAAGCAUAUUCUUACAAAAAGUCAUCAAAAUAAGCAACAACAAAAUCCUUCGGUUUUAUCAGUAUCUAAGUUUGUAGCUAAAUUUUUCAUUUUUAUUGGAUAAUGAAUUGAAAGGUGUUGAGUUAAGGCAUUUUUGCAUGUGUUCGUUCGGUUGAUUUUUUUUUGGCGGGGUGUAUAGCAUGAGUAUAAUACAGCAAGUUUCCCUUUUGAAAUAUUUAUAUCAUUUUGGAUGUCUUUCAAUGUGGUUCGGAGCGAUUGGUAACAGUGUAUAAAGUGAAGCACCAUUUAUACAAUGUUGAUUUAAGAAUUAACUUUGUCAAUAAUGGGUUGUAAUUUGUAACCCAAUGUGCAGCGAAGUUAGGGCCUAUAUGAGAUGGGUCAGUUUGGCCUUUGUGUCUAAUUAGCAGAAAAAUAUUUUGAUGUGUAAAAGAUAUUUUCUGGUAUUAACUUUUGGUGAAGAAUAUAUACACCGCAGGAAUAAUUUGCAAUAAUACACGUUUUACAAAAUAUGUUCACUUUGUUUUCAUUUUCGAUUAAAAAUUGUCUUUAAGACAAUACUACGCACAUGAA